CUUUGCGUGAGGCAUGAAAGUGUCCAGUACAUGACUCGCGACGUUUGGUGAAUGCGCGUCGAUAUGCGAACAUCCUUACACAUCUAGCAAGAAUCCUCGCUUUCAUCUGUCCCCUGACGUCUAAUCAGGCCUCACGAUACAAGACACAACGGCCUGUCCUGACGGCCACCAGUCAAUACUAGACCCUUCAUAAUGUCAACCAACCGCUACUCCGCCCUCAACAGGCGCGCGGCGCCCUCAUCAGCCCUAUUCCAAGACUAUCCCGGCUCCAGACCAUCCAGCUCAUCCUCAAGUCGACCUGGCUACGCCUACUCUUCACAACCCGACGGACAUCGCUCUUCUUCACCAUAUCUAAACUCUUACACCGGCACGAAUGGCGCAUCACCCGAUGGGUCUUUCAGAUCCGCAACGCCGAAUUCGAAGGGCCAGUACUCGACGUCCGUACUCGAGGAGCUGGAAUCCCAAAACGAGAACACUGCCACGACACUGUUGUCGCAAAAGGUGUCGCAGUUGAAAACUUUAACAGUCGCGAUCGGCGAUGAGAUACGAGAUUCGAGUGCGUUGGCCAGCCAGAUCAAUGACAAUUUCGAGAACGCUAGUGUACGGUUAAAAGGCACCAUGAGGAGGAUGUUGAAAAUGGCGGAACGGACGGGCGUCGGGUGGAAGGUGUGGGUGUUGUUCUUUAUCGCUGUAUGGGCGAUAUUUGCGUACGUUUGGCUGUUUUGAUUGUCUGGAAGACCACAUAUGCGGGCGUUCUGAUAUAAGAGUAUCGACGUGACGCCACAUGUCGUGAAGGCGACACCGAGGCUUCUGUCUCCCUCACCUCGUCCACCUCGUCCACCUCUGUAACGAAUCGGCCAGGACAGGGACGACCAACCCUCGAGCAUGGACUCUUCUCCGAGCAACUCAUCGGCCGAGUGUUUGCCUGAUCAGCACGUUUUCGCCACACCUGUACAUUACUUCGGAUCCGGUCUUUUACGUUUUUGCAGAAACACGAACGAAAAGGAAGAGCAUGGCGUAGCGGCGCAUCUGUCUUGAUCUGAUCGCAUGGAUAUGCAAGAAUAUUGUGGUGCACAAGGCACUGGUCACAUACUGUUACAAUAUGACCCUAAUAAUCAUAAUCACAUAUGCACACUAC